UUUAGUUACGCUUGUUCGGGAAAGGCGGUAGAACUAGAAGAUCCGAGACCUCCCUCCUUCCAUGAGGAUUGAGGCGUUUUUCUAAAACCUUCUCCCUCUCACUCUCCCUGGUUCUUCCUCUUCAUCUUCUUCAGCAGGAGGAGUCGAGUCUAAUCGCCUUGACAUCUUCGUGAAUACUGAGUGUAGUGGCUGCGGCAAGAGGUUUAUUCGGAGGCAGUCCAAGGACAUCUCACUCUUCGCUACGACUUCUGUUUUUGAAGCUUGGAAAUGGCGGGAGAGAGACCGAAGUGGGACGGGUUGCUGAAAUGGAGUCUCUCGCACUCUGAGGGAACCAGAACUACUCGGAAUUUGAGUGAGGAGGAUAGAAAAUGGUUCCUAGAAGCAAUGGAAGGUCAAACAGUUAAUGUUCUCAAGAGAAUGAAGGAAAUUACUCUUGUUAUGAAAACUCCAGAGAACAUUUUGGAGACUCAAGGUGUGACAGCUGCUGAUAUUGAAGGUAUGUUAGAUGAGCUGCAAGAACAUGUUGAGUCAAUAGACAUGGCUAAUGAUCUGCAUGCAAUAGGUGGGCUGGUACCUUUACUAGGUUACUUGAAGAAUUCACAUGCUGGAAUUCGAGCAAAAGCAGCUGAAGUGGUAACCACUGUUGUGCAAAACAAUCCUAGAAGCCAGCAACUUGUGAUGGAAGCAAAUGGGUUAGAGCCUCUUAUGUCGAACUUCAGUUCAGAUCCAGAUGUCACAGUCCGGACGAAAGCACUUGGUGCAAUAUCCUCUCUGAUUCGUCAUAACAGACUAGGACUCUCUGCAUUUCGACUGGCAAGUGGAUAUGGUGCGCUGAAGGAUGCUCUUGGUACAGAUAGCAUAAGAUUUCAAAGGAAGGCCCUUAACUUGAUCCAGUACUUGAUGCAAGAGAAUAAGGCCGACUGCAUGGUGCUCUCAGAGCUUGGUUUUCCUCGCAUGAUCAUGCAUCUAGCAGCAAGUAAAUCGGCAGAUGUUCGUGAAAGUGCUCUUGGUAGCCUUCUUGAGCUGAUUAAAGGGGGUGGUAUGGGCAUAAUAAGUGGUGCUAGUGCUGAAGAAGGUGAGGAGUUAAAGCAGAUCCUCCAGCAGCGCAUUGAUGGAAUCAUCACAAUGGCUCCCGAUGACCUUGGGGCUGCCAGGGAAGAGCGACAGCUGGUGGAUUUGCUUUGGCGGGCAUGCUACAAUGAGCCAUCAUUGCUACAAGAAAAAGGAUUGGUUGUGCUUGCUGGAGAGGAUGAACCAGCGCCUGAUGUCGCAGGCAAGAUGUUCGAACCACCACUUCGCAGAUGGGUAGCCAAACAAAUAUCAGAUGAAAAGAAUUAUGACCCUAAUCCAUUGUUCCUAGGUUAUGCACCUCCAACAGAAUCUCACGCUGAAAAUGCGAAUAAUGAAAAUGAUGGUGCUCCAUGAUGCUAUACCGAGGGAGGUUAAGCUGGUGAAAUCGGAUUUAUCAGUCUCGAUUCUCACCUUAAUGGUUUCCCCUUUGUCAGGAGGGCAAGAUGAACGGCAAAUGGAGAGAAGCCCAGCCGUUGCAUCGCGGAAAAUUUUAAAGGUCUGUAGUUCUUCCGAGAGAUCUUCGACACUGAGACACUGCCAGUGGGACAGCAUCCAUUAUUUUGCUGGGAAGAUAUGAAAAUAUUCGAGCAAGUUCAUGGCUUCUCGUGGGGCAUUCUAAGGGAGGCGAGCCUCUAAGUUGGCGUCAAUUAUUGAUGUGGAACUUGUGUUCCCAAAAUCUCCACGUAUGCGGCGUUCCGGUGGUCUCUACUUUGAGUGGUAGAUGGCUUCCCUGCGCCUGACUCAUGCUUUAUGUCUUCCUGGUUGAAAGGGAAAGAGCAACUUUGCUUCUCGUCUUUUUGCCUUUGUUCCCUUUUGCUCCUAACCUUUUUCUUCGUCUUUAAAGCUUUAAUUUUUCUUACUCUCUGGAUUUUAACAGGAGGGCGCAAAACAUUAUGGUAAUACUUGUAACUCAGCUGUCCACUGGGUUUGGAAAAACUAUUUAGCUGCUUUGCUGAAAUGGGAAAA